AUGUCGUUUUUUCUAUCGCAGCUCAGCAAUGCCAACGAGGAGGUGGAUCCCCAGAAGAUGAAGAUAGCCGAGAUCCAGUUCGACGCUAUGGCAAGCACCUUCAACACAAUGAUGAGAAGCUGCAGAGACAAAUGUUUGAGCCAUGAGUACGGCGAGAGCGACCUUCACAAGGGAGAAAACGUCUGCUUGGACCGCUGCUUCACCAAGUUCUACCAGGCCAAUGCCAAAAUUGGGCGCUAUGUGCAGACCUCCCACUUCAUUGAUCCCCUGGCUCUCCCAGCGUACCACGGCUGGCAGGAGAUUGUGCACAACAGCUAG